AUGGUACCAAAACCUGUGUACUCUGUCGUGAUUAUCCGGGCGAUCAACUUCGAGCAGCGCCGCCAGACGAUCAGCAGAGAUCGCGACGCCCUGAUAGUUACACUUAGCAAGGUCAAACUGAAAAUCGUACCUAUCACAGCGCUCAAAAAUGGUAUCAAGUGGUCCCAGUGCUCCGAGCCAUCAACCGAGUCGUGCAUCACUGAAUACACCGCGGCAGAUAUGAAGAUGCAGGUUUUCCAUCUUACCCAACAUAUGAUACAAGCAUAG